UUCCUUCCUUGUCUCUCUCGAUCGAACCCAGGCCACCGGAUACCCGAGAGCGCUAGUGUUGUUGCCAUGGCCGCCGCGACUGUUGUUGGCGGAACGUGGACGAGAACAUCAAGGUCGUCGUUGUCGCUAGUGGUGGUAUUCCUGCUGCUACACAUGGGCGUCGGAGCCACUGCGACGCCGCCGCGGCACCACACCGCCGCCGCCAGUGGCAUCACAUUGCGCGUCGAUGACUAUCUGCAUCAGGUGGCUGUGGACAACGGCCUGGUGCAGGUGACGCUGUCCAAGCCACAGGGCCACAUUACCGGCGUCCGCUACAACGGCCACCGCAACCUCCUGCACUACGACGGCAGCCAAAACUCGGGAGGGUAGGUAUUGGGAUGUGGUGUGGAACUACCCGGGCUCCGAUCAGCCAGGAGGAAUGAUGGACACGUUGGACAGUACGGAGUUCAAGGUGGUGGUUUCAAGCGAGGACCAAGUGGAGCUUUCUUUCAGCAGCGCCUACACUCCGUCGUCGCCAACUAGUGUUCACCUGCAUGUCGACAAGAGGCUCGUGGUACUGAAAGGCAGCUCCGGGUUCUACUGCUACGCCAUCUUGGAGCACGCCCGCGACUGGCCCGCCCUCAACGUCACCGAGGCCAGGCUCGCCUUCAAGCUCAACACGGACGCGUUCAAGUACAUGGCGGUCUCGGACGACAUCCAGAGGUACAUGCCGAGCGCGGCGGACAGGGCCGAGCCACGUGGCGCCCCGCUCGCCUACAAGGAGGCCGUGCUGCUGGUGAACCCGCAGGAGCCACGGUUCAGGGGCGAGGUGGACGACAAGUACCAGUACUCCAUGGACAACAAGGACAGCACCGUGCAUGGAUGGACCACGGCCGGCGGCGUAGAACGCUCGCCGAACGACAACCCCGUCGUCGGCUUCUGGGUCAUCACGCCCAGCAACGAGUUCAAGAGCGGAGGACCCACCAAGCGGGAGCUCACCUCCCACGUCGGCCCCACCACGCUCACGAUGUUUCUGGGGACGCAUUACGUCGGUAACGACAUCGUGCUCAGCAUCAGCGGCGGCGAGUACUGGAAGAAGGUGAUGGGCCCUGUCUUCGUGUACCUCAACUCCCGCCCGAGGCGAGGCGGCAUCGGCGGCUGCGACCACAGCCGGGCGCUCUGGGCAGACGCCAAGGCGCAGGCGCGGGCGGAGGCCGGCAAGUGGCCCUACAGCUUCCCAAAGUCACCGGACUUCGCCAAGGCCGGAGAGAGGGGCGGCGUCACCGGCAGGCUGCUGGUCAGGGACGACGACAGGUUCACGACCGACGACGACAAUAACGACGCGGCCGCCGCUCCCAUGCCCGUUGGGACGGAGGCGUACGUGGGUCUCGCGGCGCCCGGGCAGGCCGGCAGCUGGGUAACGGAGUGCAAGGGCUACCAGUUCUGGACAGCGACAACGGCGACGGAGGACGGCUUCGUAUUCACCAUCGCCAACGUCCGGGAGGGAGUGUACAGCCUCUACGCGUGGGUUCCCGGGGUCCUCGGAGAAUACGUGCACGCUUCCCCGGUGACCGUGGCGGUAGGCGGCGCCGUCGUCGACCUCGGCGACCUCGUGUUCCGGCCCCCCAGGUCGGGCCCGACGUUGUGGGAGAUUGGGGUCCCCGACCGGAAGGCCGCGGAGUUCUUCGUUCCAGACGUGGAUCCCCGAUUCGCCAACAGGCUCUUCCUGCACAAGGACAGGUACAGGCAGUACGGUCUGUGGGCGAGGUACGCCGAGCUGUACCCUGACGGCGACCCCGUCUUCACCGUCGGCCGGAGCGAACCUUGGAAGGACUGGUUCUUCGCGCAUGUCACCAGGAAGGUAGGCGAAGGCCGGUACGCGCCGACGACGCGGGAGAUCCGAUUCAGGCUGUACCGCGUCGUGGCCGACGGCACGUACACGCUGCGUGUGUCGCUCGCUGCCGCGCACAUGUCCAGGCUGCAGGUGCGCGUGAAUGGGCGGGGCGGUGGCGGUGCGGCGGAGCUGACCACACCGGAGUUCGGCGGCGGGAACGCCAUCGCGCGCCACGGGAUCCAUGGAGUGCAGUGGAACUUCCAGUUCCCAAUCAGGGGAUACCUGCUGCGGGAAGGCGACAACAGCGUCAGCAUCACGCAGACCAGGGCCGACGGCGAGUUCCUAGGUGUCUUGUACGACUACGUCCGCCUCGAGGCACCUCCGGCGCACUGCCGAGACCCCACGGCCACGGCGACGACGUGGCGUACAUGAUCGGUGCUUGGUCGCCACCGUCUACCCUUGCCUAGACCAGGUAGUACCGUAGUAGCAGUAGCUAGGUGAUGAUAGCAUCGUCUCUAGCUAACAGAGAUAUAUACUUUCAUAGUUAGUGGACCGUGCGUUUGCGAUGUGUUGCCAGGGUACGUAUGAGAUUUUUGGGUACCUCUAUUAUUAACCUCCUAUGUCCUCCGCAACACCGGCGUGCGCCGAUGAACGCAAGCAGCGGUGCCCUGGACAGAGCAAACGAGGGAUAGAAGCGGUGUGCAUCUAAUGGGAAGGAGAACGUAUGAUUUAUAGCAGGGUUAAUUUUGGCUAUGGAGAUAGGGCUUAUCCGUCGUGGUGACAGGAACAAAUAUAUGCGCUUCGCCUGUGAUGCAAGAAGGUGAUUUAUAACGGGAUUAGUUCUGCCUC